AGAAGUCACGUCAGUUUGGAAGAGGAGUUUGACCCACCUGAUGAUCCUUGGCUCAAUCCGCUCCACAUUAGGCUACUUACCACAUUAAUCUACCUCUGACAUUAAACCCAUCUGCGAGCGUGCGUUUUAUAUUUCUCAGCAAUCGCUUUUUGUAACUUCUAGUGAAUAUUUUAACGGAAUAUUAACGGGGUGAUACGGUCAUUAUCAGUCCUAAAUUGCACUAUCGACUUAACCUUUUUUAUUUUUUUUUGCACUUGAGCAUUUUUGUGAGGAUGCAUACCACCCAAAAGGACACCACUUAUACCAAGAUAUUUGUCGGUGGUCUUCCGUAUCAUACGACGGAUUCCAGUCUAAGGAAAUAUUUUGAAGUGUUUGGCGAAAUAGAAGAAGCUGUGGUGAUUACCGACAGACAGACUGGAAAGUCCAGGGGUUAUGGAUUUGUGACUAUGGCAGACCGCUCUGCUGCAGACAGAGCUUGUAAGGACCCCAACCCCAUCAUCGAUGGCAGGAAAGCCAACGUUAACCUGGCUUAUCUCGGAGCCAAGCCACGGGUGAUGCAGCCAGGCUUUACUUUCGGUGUCCCUCAGGUUCACCCUGCUUUCAUCCAAAGACCAUAUGGGAUCCCCACUCACUACGUGUACCCGCAGGCCUUCAUGCAGCCCAGUGUGGUCAUCCCUCACAUCCAGCCAGCGGCGGCCUCCGCCACCGCGUCUUCACCUUACAUCGACUAUACAGGUGCAGCCUACGCACAGUACGCCAGUGCUGCAACCGCUGCAGCCGCUGCAGCCUACGAGCAAUACCCGUACGCUGCCUCUCCCGCCGCAACUGGCUACGUAGCUACCGCCGGCUAUGGCUACACCAUGCAGCAGCCACUGGCCACCGCCGCGCCAGGGUCUGCAGCCGCAGCUGCGGCCUUCAGUCAGUACCAGCCCCAGCAGCUACAAGCCGAACGGAUGCAAUAGCAACCAAAGAGGCGGAUGGGAGAUGCGCAGGGAGUAGACACCCAGCGACUGCUUCUAGAUGAUGAAGAGGAUGCUGAUGAAAAUAGUUGCUGGUUGUGGGUUGAUUGCAAGAGGAGGAAGACUAGGAGCAUAUGGGAGGGGGAUAGUAAUUGGUAGAGAGAUUAUUAGUGAGAUGGGAACCCCAUUGCUUUCCAACUUGCUGUGAUUAAAGAAAAAAAAAAAACAACAAAACAAAACCCCAAAAAAAAGAUCGCAGAAAUGGAUGGAAUCUAGCUUUUUACUGUUAUCAUUAUUAUGUUAUCUUUAUUUCGAUAAUUAAUAUUAGAGUAGGAUAUUUAUUAUGAAAGGAGGUAUGCAGCAACUAAUCACUGUGGUAUAGGUGCGUUGUAGACGAAACCUUUAGUCCCGAUGCUGUCGUUUAAUGUAGGCGACCAUUUUUCCGAAGGACACUUGGAAAAGUCCCACAUUGUUUUGAUUCUAGGGCCCCUGAUCUUUAUAUUUAUUCUCUUUUUUUGAGGGCUCUUUUUGUUCUGUCUUCUUCUCAAGUGCAUUUGUUUUGAUCAUCAGGGAAAUGGAGCAUUUUUCAGCGAAUUAGAAAUUACAAACUCUGCCAAUCAGGGAUAGUAGACCUAACUGUGGCGAAAUGGAGAAAGAUCCAGUGUUAGCAUGUUUUAUGUAUUGUGAACUACCUUUUUAUCUAUCUGAUGCUGAAUGUCCCCCUUUUCUCUGACUCCUGUAUUGAUCUCCUGACCUAUGCAAAGCAAACAGGCCGCCAGGGGACAAAACAAAGUGCAGGAACAGGAGAUAAUUUCUUUUGCUCCCCCACAAUGGGCAUCGAACAAUUUGAAG